UUUUUAACGGCCGAAGGAGCCAGUGCGCACGACCCUCGGGCCCAGGCUGUUUUACCCGUCGGUCAAUAUUCCGAAUUGCUCAAACACGCUAAAGCCACCAUUGAGCCCAGCAUUCAGCAAGACUUUGGCUUCAGUUGCUAUCUCUUCCCUCUCGCUUGACACACCAUGUCCCCUGCGUCCUCGAUAUCGCGCAGCUCCUCGGUAGAGAGCGGACUCUCCGGCAGCUAUGCUUCAAGUCCCCGUUCCGAUGCCUCAGAUACGCCAGACUCGUCCUUGCGUUCCUCUCCGUCUCCCCCUUUGAAAGCACUGUACACCCUUCCCAGCCCGUUCUUCCCAGCGUCGCUGGAAGCAGAGGACUCCAACCGACAAUGCCCGCAGCUGCCUUCCAUCUUUCCUGCACUACCGGCGAAUAAUACUCCGCGUGUUACCGCUACAGCCGAUGCGCAAACUCCCGACAACUGGCUGCCGCGCGACCCCACGCUCAUACGUCUCACAGGAAAGCACCCCUUCAACUCUGAGGGCUACCUAACACCUCUUUUUGAUGCGGGCUUCAUCACGCCUGCGCACCUCCAUGUCGUGCGCAACCAUGGCGCGGUGCCGAAGAUAUCGCCCGACCAGGCGUACGCGGACUGGAAGAUACGCGUCCACGGGCUCGUGCAGGAGGAGCUCGAGUUCUCGAUCGGCGAGCUCGCGGAGAGGUUCCAAGUCGUGACGCUGCCCGUGACGAUCUGCUGCGCGGGAAACAGACGCAAGGAGCAGAACGUCGUCCGGAAGAGCCUGGGCUUCAACUGGGGCGCCGGUGGCGUGUCGACCGCGCUCUGGACGGGUGUCUACCUCGCCGACGUCCUGGAUUACGUCAGGCCCAUACGUCCGCGGGCGAAGCACGUCAUCUUUGAAGGCGCCGACGACCUGCCCAAGGGCCCGUACGGAACUUCGCAGAAGCUGUCGUGGGCGGCGGACAGGGAAAAGGGCAUGUUGAUAGCGUGGGCGAUGAACGGUCUGGCGCUGGAACCUGACCAUGGUUUCCCCGUGCGCGUGGUCAUGCCCGGACAGAUUGGUGGGCGGAUGGUGAAGUGGUUGAAGCGGAUUGAGAUCUCGGAGACAGAGAGCAAUCACUACCUUCAUUACUGGGAUAACAAGGUCCUGCCCAUGCAGUACACUCCCGAGCAGGCAAAGGACACGCCAGAGAUCUGGUACGACCCAAAAUAUACCAUCACGGAGCUGAACGUCAACAGCGCCAUCGCCAAACCGGCCCACGCCGAGGUCCUCGACGUGUCCAACGAGGACAUGGCCUCGAACGCAAAGACGUACGACAUCCAAGGCUACGCCUACGCGGGCGGCGGGCGGCGCAUCAACCGCGUCGAGAUCUCCCUGGACCACGGCAAGACCUGGACGCUCGCCGACGUAGACUACCCCGAGGACCACUUCCGCGCGGCGGCGUUCGAGCAUCCGGUGUACGGCCUCGUGGACCUGACGGCGCGGGACACGUGCUUCUGUUGGUGCUUCUGGACGCUGCGCGUGCCGCUCGCCGCGCUCGCGCGCGCGGACGUCGUCGCGCUGCGGGCCAUGGACGAGGGCAUGAACACGCAGCCGCGCGACAUGUACCUCAACGCGACGAGCAUGCUCAACAACUGGUGGUUCCGCGUCGCGGUGCGGAAGAGCGCCGCUGCGGACGGCGUGCGCCUCACGUUUGAGCACCCCGCCGUCGUCGGGCAGACGAUGGAGGGGUGGAUGGACCGGAUGAAGGCCGAGGGAAGGGACGUGCUCAACCCCGUUUUCUCGGACGCGCCGCAGGACCAGGCGGAGAGUGCUGCGAAGCCGAGCGAGGAGAAGAAGGAGGUGGUCAUGACGAAACCGGGCGUCAAUCGGAAGAUCACUGCCGAGGAGCUCAAAGCACAGGACAAGCAGAAGCCAUGGUUUGUUGUGAACGGUGAAGUCUACGAUGCCACCGAGUAUCUCCAGGAUCAUCCUGGAGGCGCAGACUCUAUCCUUCUGGUAGCCGGCGAUGAUGCCACGGAAGAUUUCAUGGCUAUACAUUCUAUCGAUGCCAAGCAGAAGCUCGCAGAGUAUCACAUCGGUACUCUCGUGGGUUCAUUAUCCGAACCAGCAACGGUAACCUCGUCGAGCAGCGACCUCAAUGCGCCUUUCCUGGAUCCAAAGACCUGGAAGGUCGUCACACUCACGAGCAUCGAGCGCGUGAAUCAUGACUCCCUCAUCUACCGCUUUGCUCUGCCACACUCGGACCAGCCUCUUGGUCUACCAACUGGCCAACACGUCUUUGUCAGGCUCAAGAGGAAGGACACAGGUGAUAUGGUGCAGCGAGCCUACACCCCUGUGUCGCCGGAAAACGCGAGAGGGUCUAUCGACUUUUUGAUCAAGUUGUACCUGCCCACGGGCGAGUACCCUACUGGCGGAAAGAUGACAGUCGGCUUCCAUCAGCUUGAGGUCGGCGAUACGCUCGAGCUCAAGGGCCCACUGGGCUCGUUCAUCUGGCAAGGGAGCGGUACGGCAUUGUGGAGAGGGGUACCACGCGAGGUCUCAGAGAUCGGUCUCGUUUGUGGAGGCAGCGGCAUCACACCCAUCUUGCAGGUGCUCCGCAGCGUGCUACAUGACUCGGCGGACACGGUGACGCGGCUCUGGCUGAUCUCGGCGAACAAGACAGUGGAUGACAUCCUCUGCCGUGCGGAGCUCGACAGCCUUUUUGCGGCGCACGGCGCCUCGGGGCGCUUCAGUGUGCACUACACCCUCAGCACGAGCACGCCGGCGGAGUGGACGUACGGCACUGGGCGCGUCACGGAGGACAUGUUGCGCGUGCACCUUCCUGCGGCCGGCGCGGGAAAAUUGGUGCUGGCCUGUGGUCCGUCGAACAUGAUCGAAGGUGCGCUCAAGAGCGGGCUGCAGAAAUGCGGGUGGGAUGUGCAGACGCAGUUGGUCGUAUUCUGAGUUGCCGCUCGCAGGGAUUAUUAAUAUUUACCUAGUAGUGAGAGGAAUGUACUUGUACUGGACUUGGUUCCAACACGCCGUGAUUGCUGAGUCCAGCCGGUGCUCGACGGUGUCUUUCCCUGGUCGUGUGCGGUCUAUCGGAGUAACCCGUAACCUAAUAUUAGGUUUUGUGACCGUGACAACGGUGA